AACUCCCAUUGCGUCACAAAGGCUAUAAGUACUUCAACACAGCAGCUUGUCUCCUCAGAAGGACAAGACAAACUAGCAGAGAAAAGACACUGACAACAGGACUCUUGUUGACUUGUUAACUAGACACAAAGACACCAUGGCGGAGCAGAUCAUGUUUACUCAGGAUAACCGGGACCGGAUCCAAGCUGUGGAGAACUCAUUUGGGCCGAAGGGGAAGCCCUUGUCCAAGCCGGGUCGGGUUCUGAUCGGAGAGGGCCGGCUGAUGAAGCUGAGCCGCCGGGGGCCACAGCCUAAAGUCUUCUUCCUCUUCAACGAUGUGCUGGUGUACGGCAGCAUCAUUCUGAACGGCCGUUGGAACAAGAAACAGAAGAUCAUUUCUCUAGAGGAAAUCCAGCUGGAGGACUUGGAGGACAGCCUGACAAUGAGGAACCAAUGGUUGAUCCGCACACCAUACAAGUCCUUCUACGUGUCAGCCGCCUCCUACGAGGAGAAGCGAGCCUGGAUGGAACACAUCGAGGACUGGCGGUCCAGACUGCUGCAGAGCGGUGGCUGCAGGCCCGGCUCCACCUUCGCCGUCACCUGGAUCCCCGACCACGCCUCUGCGGUCUGCAUGCGCUGCUCCGACAAGUUCACCAUUGCACAGCGGCGACACCACUGCCGGAAAUGCGGUUUCGUGGUCUGCGGUGCGUGCUCUAAGAAGCGAGCAAUAAUCCAACACAUUCACCCGACUAAGUGGUUGAGGGUCUGCACCACGUGUCACUCGAGUCUUUCCGGUAUGCACGCAAAAACCCCGGAGAUGUCUCGUCAGUGGGGAACCAGCACAGAGAAGAUCGGCUCGGAUGGAGAUGACGUGGAGGGAUCCAGUGAGGAAGAGGAGGCAGAGGAGCAGAUGGAGGACCAUGACCCCAGCAGGUGGAUGGAGACCCUGAUGGACCCCUGGUCCCCAUAUGUCUACUUCAAGCCAGACCAUCUGAGGCCCCAAACAUGAAGCACACCAAGAGGGUUGCAGCCACUCAGAAAGUCCCUGGCGUUGGAUUUUUCUUAAACAUGAACAUUGAUGCAGCUUUGUGCAGUCGGUCAUGACAUAAAGACAAUAAUGUGUUAUUGUUAAACUGUUUUGUACAUACUGUAAUUUGUCUGUUCACAUUUUGCUGUCUGCGGGAACACUGUUACUGUGAAGUCGUCCUUGAUUUGCUGUGAUAACGUGGUCAGAGGAUUUGGAGUAGAACACUGGAGCUAGGCCUCAGUCUGCAUUAGUCUGACUAGAUUUUGAUAUCCUGUAUCGAUAUAUAUAUUAUAUCCUAUAUCUAUAUAUUUGAUAUCCUAUAACCAUACUUUCUAGUGAUGUCACACACAUGGGGGUGUGGCCAACGGAAUGUGUAGUGCCAGUUAGGGAGAUAAGUGAUGAAAGUAUAUUAAGUAAAUGUACUGUGCUAUGCAUUAUAUGGUAAAGAUUGACCCGAUGUCAACUACAAGUUUUAUGUUCUUUAAAAGUAACAUUUAAAAAAAAAAAAACGUUUAUUAGUUUCACAAAUAUGUUUUUAUUGUUGUUGUUUUUUUAACAUUUUCUUCUGGGUGUCAGAUGUUAUGUCAGGGAUUGUGUACAUGGAACAUUUGGACUUAACAUGUGUCUCCUAUUUGUCUUUGGAAUGAAGUAUGACAAAUAAAGCACUUAGAAAAUA